AUGCUGUGGCCCUGGGUGCCUGGCGCGAAGUGGUUUCUCCCGCGCCAGCUCAAUCGUGGCGCGCCGUCCCCCUGCGGCGUCGAGCAGCACGACUCCCAUAAGGUCACUGUUAGACCUUGCACCAACUCAAUUAGAUUCUGGGUACUGACCAAGAAAUCGCGUACCAUAGAUCGAAACGGCGCAGUCGCCUUUGGGAUCCAUACAGCCAGCCACGCCUCGACGAUAUCCGUCACGGAUCCGUCAAAUAUUCCGGGUGAAUGGGAGCAGAAGCUUCACCCAGGCUGGCCCCCAGAGUCGACCUUUCAGAUUCCGGACCCCAUCCCAGAUGCACAUAUAUAUUAUGUCAGAAAGGGGGAUUACGUUCGUCGUGGUGCAACGGCACUGGUAGAGCGACUGCCCUCCGGUCACAUCGCUAAGACUCCCCUCCUAAACCCUUACGACCCCGAUGAGGAAAGAAAAGCUCGUCAGAGCACAGAAAACGAAUACGAAUCCAAGACAUUGGUUCUCGAGGAUCACGCCAAUGGAGACCUUGACACCUACUUGAAGAAUCAUUGUGAUACGGAUGCCGGUACUCGUCAAAAAUGGGCUCUGCAGGCAGCACAAGCGCUGAGAGCUCUUCAUUGUGCUCAAGUAAUCCAUCAGGACGUCACGCCCCGAUAUUUUCUCCUGGAUGACAGCUUGGAUCUUCGGAUCUGCGACUUCGCCGGCAGUUCGUUUCCGGGACAUACAUCUUCAACUGGCGCCCCUGGAUCAAGGUAUCAAUCCCGGCCAUGA